UCGUGUCGCCACGUUGGUCACAGUCUUUCUGUCAGUGACAUUAUCGGAACGUGUCGGAAUAAUUCAGACACGUUUGUUAUCUUUUAAUUUUAGACUAAUCUCCCCACAAUGGCGAUUCGUCCCGUCUAUAGGCCCCAAAUCGUCAAGAAACGUACGAAGAAGUUCAUUAGGCACCAGUCGGACCGAUAUGGCAAACUCAAGCGCAACUGGCGUAAACCCAAAGGUAUUGACAACAGAGUCCGCAGGCGCUUCAAGGGGCAAUUUUUGAUGCCCAACAUUGGGUACGGCUCAAACUCAAAAACGAAGCACAUGCUCCCAACUGGCUUCCGUAAAGUCUUGGUACACAAUGUUAAGGAAUUGGAAGUCCUUUUGAUGCAGAACCGUAAAUAUUGCGCUGAAAUUGCCCACGGAGUGUCGUCCAAAAAGCGCAAGGAAAUCGUAGAAAGGGCCCAACAGCUGUCAAUCAGGGUUACGAACGGACACGCCAGGCUGCGUAGCCAGGAAAAUGAAUAAGUUGUAAACUUAAUAAAAACGUUUUCAUAACUGUG